CAUAGCGUCUGGUGUAAGAUGAUUGCCAUUUUAGAGGCGAACGAAAGUUUUGGUGCUCAGUGGACGGCUUAUGCAGCAAUCACUUGUCUAGUAUGGACUGUGAUCCUGUGUGUAUUUCUAUUCUUAGUAUUUAAGAAUAAUUUGAGAAUUUCAUUGAUCCUGAUAGGAAUUAUAAUUGCAUUAUGGUCUGGAGCUAUCUGUUUUACGUAUUGCCGAGGGCCUGAUUUUAAGUGUUACUUUUUAUUGGGCUUCGUUAUUCUGGAAGAUUUGUUAACAAUUAUCGCCUGCAUCUAUGUCAAAAGAUUCAAACCAGUGGUGAUAAUAGUUCUGAUAUCUGUAUCGAUCGCUUUUCUGAUAACUGGAGCAGUUUUGUUUUUUUUAGAAAUGCGUCAGGUAAUUCCACUGAAAUAUCAAAUUAUCCUUUUUAUUCUAAGGUUUUAACAUAACUAGAACUGUUAACUAAAUAUUACUAUUACUAACGCGAAAUUCCAGCCUUAUACCUAUCUCUGUAUUCUUGAGACCUUACAUCUUUGCAUAACCAGAGGAGGAGAAACUAGGUGUACUUAUGCAGCAAUUCAAGAACUGAAGUACAUUCGCCCAUCUGAGAAACAGUUUCGCACUUAUUUGAUAUUUAAAAUACAAAUUACUAUGUAAUUCUAUGAUAAUGACGAAACGUUCUAUUACACAGUGAUGAAAUAUUCCGAAUUGGCUGGUGGAUUAUGGAACACUGCCGUAGCUAUAUUGGUUCUAGUUUUUGCCAGCUCAUUGAAAUAACAUGAAUAACACAUCGGUCUAUCAAUCAUAUUGUGACAAGGGAUAUUCACUUGUGCUUGCGUACACAUUUUAUUAUGCAUGUAACUGCCUGACUAAUUGACAGUUCACAUUUUUAAUUUAUAGAAUAAAUUAAUAUUUCUG